CGUUCGUUCCCUCAUGCUCAUGCUCUGCCUGUCGUUCGGCGUAUAGAUAUAGCCGUGGCCGUGUAGAAUACUGCUUCUCGGAUCUAUCUACUCCUACAUUUGAUUUCAGUUUUGUAGUACUUUGUCAAGCUUUUCUAAUUAUUGACCAUCAUGAGCAGUCAAAGGGGAAACGCUAAGAAGAACAAACCUCCAAAACAUGUGAAUAAAAUGGGUUUUAAAAACUCGAUGCAUGACACCAGCCAGAGAACGAAAGAUCUCAACGAAAUGAUUAUUUCUGGGGUUUGUCAACGAUGUAAAGAUAUACUGGCAUGGAAAAUCAAGUACAAAAAAUACAAGGCUUCGACUCAGGCAAGGAAAUGCACCAAGUGCCAACAGAAGAGAGUUAAGGAUUCGUAUCACAUCAUCUGUAAGGUUUGCUGUGAAGCUGAAGGUGUAUGUGGCAAAUGCGGACAGAAAGUCGAACAGGGAGAGGGUGAUGGGAAUAAUGAGGAUAACGGUGAAGAGAUUAGACAAAAGCUAGCUUUUCUAUCCGAGAGAGAAAGGAGAACCUACCUUAGAGCACAAGAUAAGAAGGCUUCCAAAGAACGUUCUAGUACAUCCAAGCAUAAAGAGUGUGAUGAAGAGUCAGAUGAAGAUAAAGAUGAAGAGAGUGCAGAUGACCAAUGUGAAGAGAACGAUGGUGUUGGUAAUGGACAAGUACAUGUAAAUUGGGCUCCAACCGCAUGAGGCCUUCCAAACACUUUGGAAGAUGCGACUUGGUCUUAGCACGUUCACUUGGUCAACUAUCUGUCUUCGCCUACAAACUGGCUCUGACGCACCCCGGUUUGAAACCGAGUCGCGUCUUUCGGAUGAUGACGAUGUUAAAGGUUGGUCCCCGGAUGUAAAUAAUAAUAUCUGAUUUAUACACAUCUGUAUAAACCCAUUUACACACACACAUUUUGGUGAUUCAGGACUCGAGGGAAGGAAGAGUGAAAGCUGAAAGGACUGUACGUGGACUGACCCCUAACAUUUCGCAAGGCUUCUAACGUGCCUGGAUGAUAAACAAGAGUAUAUAGGAUUCCUGCUGUACUUUGGAUUCUAACUGAUGUGAUGUAAAAAUAUUCCUGACAGUGACCACUGUUUCUGGGAAGUUUGUGCUGGUACUAAAAUAUUUGUUUGUCAUAGCUCCACUGUCAAUUUCUAAUACCAGUGGAAUUCCUUACCUUAAUCUAAUCCUAGACCCAACCAACACGUUACUUGACCCUAACAACAGGCAGUGACAUCACCGUCAGAUCGUUGCUGGAUGAACAUGAACCAUUGAAAGUUCCAUCUUGCAAGUAUGACAUUGUAUAUUGGUAGAAUGAUAGUCAGAGCAUAGUGAAGCAAGUGAACAAAAUAAAAUAGUAACUUAAUAUAUAGAAAUGUUAAGUACCUGGAAGUGUUGACAUUUGAAAAUAAAAAGAAGUUUACAUUUCUUCCAGCAAAUGUCAAUGUAGUUGCCAGGACAUUUUUUAUCUGGACUGCUAUAUUGGUAAAAUGAGGAAUACCCAGAAAUUUUAUUAACAAUAUGAAAAAUAUAUUGCUCUGCUUUUACAUUAAAAUUGAAUUUCUUGAAUUAUUUUAAAUCCUGCUCCCGGCAAAUUGUCCUGCAUCGGUAUGUAACAUUUUAUUUUACAUCUUUUUUUGUAAAAACAAAGAAUGAUACAUGAUAUAAAUAUUAGAAAUGAGAUUUCUUGUUCUUUUGGUCAAUUUUUUUAGUGAAAAAAAAAUUGUUCCUACGAAGAUUAUUUGUGGUAAUAGAUGUGAGGUGGGGGGGGGGGGGGCGUAACUUGAUUAAUGAUAGGAUUAGUGUCUGUGGUGAAUCUUUGAUAUAAAUAUAUACAUGUAUACAAUACACUA